GUUCCCUUUUCCUCUUUUCAUCAAAAAGAUUUGAGAAGGCAAGAGCUCCAAUUUCCAUUUCCAGAGGCGCUGGAAAAAAAUUAACUUCAAUUUUUUAAAAGAAGGGCCACACACUACACUUUUAAGACCCCUUCCCCCCCUCUCUCUCUACACUUCCCUUUCUCUCUCUAAGUUUUCCCAAAAUCAAAGAGAGAGGGGAUCUCGAGUUCAAAUUUUGGGUUCUACAUAAUUUAUUUUGAGACCAAAAAAAAAAAAAUGGUCAUUAUAACACAAGAUGUGAUCAAACAGUUUCAGAAGUUAAUGGAAGAAAUCGAUGGACCACUCAAGUAUACCUUCGAGAAUAUGCAUCAAGGAUAUGCAACUGAAACGCUGGUGAGGUUUCUCAAAGCAAGGGAUGGAAAUGUUUCGAAAGCCCAUAAAAUGCUGGAUGAUUGUUUAAAGUGGAGGAUACAAAAUGAGAUUGACAAUAUAUUGACGAAACCAAUUGUUCCUGCUGAUUUAUACAGAGGAGUGCGAGAUUCAUAUCUUGUAGGAAUGUCUGGUUACUCAAAGGAGGGUCUUCCUGUCAUUGCUAUUGGUGUUGGACUCUGCACAUUUGACAAAGCAUCUAUUCAUUGUUACGUUCAGUCACACAUCCAAAUGAAUGAAUACAGAGAUCGGGUAAUACUGCCGUCUGCAUCAAAGAAGUAUGGACGAUGUAUUGGAACCUGUGUGAAGAUUUUGGAUAUGACCGGUCUAAAGCUUUCAGCACUGAACCACAUUAAGCUAAUGACUGUUAUAUCUACCAUCGAUGACCUCAACUAUCCAGAGAAGACAGAUGCAUAUUACAUUGUCAAUGCACCAUACAUAUUUUCAGCAUGCUGGAAGGUUGUGAGGCCACUUUUGCAAGAAAGAACAAGAAAGAAGAUUCAGGUGCUGUCAGGUUGUGGGAGAGAUGACUUGUUGAAGAUAAUGGAUUAUGCAUCACUCCCGCAUUUUUGUAGAAGAGAAGGCUCGGGAUCAUCUGGACAUUCUAGGAAUGGAACCACUGAUGAUUGUUUCUCGCUGGACCAUGCUUUUCAUCACCAGCUCUAUAACUAUAUCAAGCAGCAAGCUAUGCUCGUAGACUCCAUUGCACCAAUCAAACAAGGGCCAUUCCGUGCACCAAUCAAACAAGGGUCAUUCCAUGUGGAUUUUCCUGAGCCAAACCCAGAAGAUACAAAGAUUGCUGAAACUUUAGAGACCGAGUUUCAAAGGCUUGGUGUUCAGAAUGGGCAUUCCAACUCACGAAAUGACCUGAAGGUCAGCAGUGAUUGAGAGCUGAAGGAAAAGCACACCAUGUCUGGUCCAAAUAUGACCCCAUAACAGGCACUUGUGGACAAGUAAGUACUCCAUAAAGCUGUUGGAUGGGGGUUAAUUUACAGAUGCCAUAGCAAUGGCUUGCAUUAGCCUCAAUGCAGGUUUGGUAGGACUAAGUUUAGUUGAAAUUAUCACCUUGGUGUGGAUGAUCAUACCAUCGCCCAAAAAUGUUACAAUCACAAGAGCAAGUGUAACUUUUAUAAGUCAUUUCUAUUCGCUUAAAAAUAAUCUCUCCGCACAUAUUUGCUCCAUGAAGCACUUGCGAAGUUCAAAAGGAAAAAAAUAAAAAUAAAAAUGAUUGCUUGUCUUACACAUAUACUGUUUUAAAAAAAAAGGGUAAUCAAGAACACAGGCAUUCGUUAUGUUCCCAUGGAGAUUUAAAUCCUUUAACCCUUCUUAUACCACUUGAGCUAAAGGCUUGGUGUUGGUUGGAUUGCAUUUCAUGCAAAAUGCUAAACCCGGAAGAAACCUAUUUUGACAUUUAAUUCGCAGUGAAGCAAAAGGGUUUUUGUGCUGGCAUAGCUGUUUUAGGUAAAUGACAUUUUGACGGUGAGCUUAAGGGGAGAAAUUAUUAGCAUAAAGGUGUGAAAUGGGGGGUGUUAAUCUUUAGUAUUUGUCAGAAGUUAAAAAAAAAAAAAAAAAAAACAAA